AUGAUUUAUACAGGAAAAAAGUAAAGAGCUACAGAAAAAGAAACAAAAGAAAAUAAAUUAGGAUAACUCUAAAAAAGUUAGGCUAAAUAAGUAGAAUAGUUAACUUUGAUAUAUGAUGUUUUUUAAAAAAAUCUACAUCAAUUUGCAGGAAAAUAUAGAGAUGAAAUCUCAAAGAAUCCUGAUUUUAGAGAAAAGUUUAAUGAAUUAUGCGAUAAAAUGGAUGUCAAUCCAAUGAUGUCGAAAAAGACUAUUUGGAGUGAUUUAGGUUUCGGAGAUUUUUAUAAUGAGUUAGCUAUCAAAAUUCUAGAUAUUUGUGCUAAAAAAUAUGCCAUUUAUGGUGGAAUUACUAAAAUCACUGACAUAAUUGAUGAAUUCAGGAAGGUUUAUGGAAUGAAGGUUUCUAAAUCUGAUAUUGAGAGAGCAAUAAAUACUGUAUCAUCCUUGGGGGGUUGCCAUAUUCAUAACAAAUAUGUGUACACAGUUCCUAUAGAGAUGAGUCCUGAUUUUAAUUUGUUAUUGGAAGUAGCAGAAGAAGAAAGGUUUGUGAAUGAAAAAAUUAUGUAAGUGAAGAAAGGUUGGACAAAGGAAAGAUUUUAUCAAAAAAUUUAAGUAUUAUAAAGGGAAGGACUGGUUUGGGCAGAUAAAAAAACACAAACUAAAAUUGUAGAUUAUUAUUUCCCUUCUCUUUUAAAUACAUAUUUUGAUCCUAUGAGAAGUUAAAUGAUUAUGCAAUAAUUAAAAUAAUGAGUACAAAAUUGGAUCUGAUCUUAUUAUCA